AUGAUAUUCCUACCAAGAUUUUAUACUACUAUUAUAGCAGCGGUCUAUCCCGCUUUUGUUGCGCUGAUUUUUCUUGCACAUUUGAGUUCGAAUAAUAUCAAAUUUACAACUAUUACUGUGGAUAUAAGUAAUCAGCUUCGUAUUUCAGAGCUGCAGAUCGGAAAGUUGACGGCAGAACGUGAUGAGUUAUCCAAAAAGCUUGUCAGUGCACCAGAUGGCUCAGUUAAAGAACAUGCUGCACUUUGUGAAAGCCGCCUAGAAUGUCUGCAGUCUGAGCUUCAACAAGCAUAUCGAAUAAAAAAAGAUAUAGAGGAAAAGCUGAAUGCUCUCGAAUAUAAUAUAUCAUUUUUGCAAAUCCAAGAAGCUCAGAAGUUAGGAGCAAAGGCUCACGAACAUUUAAAACCUGUCACGGUUAAAGUCAAUGCAGCUACUCAUAAGAGAGAAAAAGAAUCACAAAAAUUAUUUGGAAUUGCUCCUCGUAGAAAAGAAAAAUGUGCUUUAUUAAAGGUAUGUGGAAACAGCUCCAUUAGGAAGCCCGCAUUUCAUCUCCCACUAUACAGGAAAAAUAUAACCUUACCUUCACCACAAGAUAGCAGUUCUGAAUUGAGGAUGAGAUCUGCUGCGAAACUGAAGGCGUCAAUUGAUGAUUCUAAAAUCAUCAUGGCUAUUGUACAAGCUAAGCAAAAGGCAAAUAAAAAGUCUAUGUUAUUGGAGGAGAAGGCGUUGUCUCUUCAAGCACAACAAAAUCAAAAAGAUGAAAAGCUUGAAUUAGCAUUACACCGUCGACUAGCUAAAAUUGAAGCUCAUCAAGCAGCAUUUAAAGAGUCACAAAAUACAAAGUAUAAAGAAAUAAUAGCUAAACUGUUACGUGAAGAUUUGUUGCAAAGUGAGAAAAUGAAAAGAUUACCAUUUCUUUGUGAACAAAGUGAACGAUAUAAACUCUCUAAGCACAUAUAUUGUAAUGAACAGCCAUCUGAACUUGAACAGAACAUGAUUGAUGAACUUCUGACUGGGCAGAGGAAGACUGAAAAGAUGAAUGCAGUAGUAAAAAAAUUCCCAAUAGGAGAUGAAUUAGAUGACGCUGAUGAUGAUGAUCAUGAUCAUAAUGAUGAUAAGGACAGGGAAAAUGAGAAACAUUUGGUGACAUCGCAUGAUUCACUGUCUGGUUUAUGGAAUUUGUCUAAAAAGUCUCAGAAUAUUGUUACAGAGGAGAAUGUAGAUCAAGCAGUUUCUAAUUUCGCUAUCAGGGAUACACUAAAAUCGGCAGUCGACAAAAAAGAGGCGAUUUCCGUAUCUCGUCCUUUACAGAAGCUACCCAGCAGAUCAUCCACAAAACUAACAGAUGUUGUUACCGCAGUAGAUAGCGAUGAAAUGGGGCUACUUAACAGCACAAUCUAUUGUUCAGAAAGAAGCUCGAAAGCAGAUAAAGAAAUUUUGCAGCGUAUUCUGCAGCAAACUCGUGAAAAUAUUGUACAACCUCAAAUAGUAACUGGAAGAAAAUUUGAUGGACCUAGUUUCACAGCCAAGCCAGCGGAAAUUUGGUUUGAAAAUAUUGAAGUAGAUAAGACUCAUAAAAUGAAAAUUACACUGACAAAUGCUUCAUACGCAGUUAGUACUUGUCGAUACAUUGGAAUCACAUCUACUUUAAUGGAUUUCGUAGAAGUGAAGUUCAAUCCACCAGGUAUGCUUUCACCUGGUAUGAAUUUUGGACUCAAAAUUAAAUUCACACCGAAGAUGAACAAAACUUUAACUGGUCAGUUGGAAUUUUUAUCACCAACUGGACCAUUUUUCAUUCCAUUCAAAGCAACAGUGAAAAAGUGUGAAUUUUCUACAGACUGUAACGUGGUGGAUUUUGGCGAAGUUAUCAUUGGUGAAACUGUUUUUCGGAGCAUAGUCUUAAGAAACACUGGUGCCAAAGGUGCGAACUUUACUUUUAAAGCAUUAUCUGAAACCUACGAAAGAGAAGAUGGUAAAAUUGUUUUGAUAACAUCACCAGGGACUGUUAUUGCAGAAGGAGAAAAGGAAGAAAAACUGGAAGCGAAGGAAGAUAACAAGACCCAAAUGACUGAUCAAGAAAAUGCGAUUGAAAGUAAUUUGUCUAAAGUAGAAGAAUAUGAAGGAGAAACUUCAAAUGAAAACGAUGGAAACCGAUGCGAAUUGAACAAAUUCGCAUGUAACUUCAGGUGUGGGGAAUUAAAAUGUGGAUUUCUCGCUCCAUUUUCUACUGUCAAACUUAAUAUCAUCUGGUCCCCUAAAGAUGUAUCUAUUAAUGAAGGUGACUGCCUAAUGGAAGAAGAAAAAUUCAUCAUAACAUUUGAUGAUUCUGAAAGUUCUGAUAUUUAUAUUCAGGCUAUUGGUUACGCUAAAAAUAUUCCAGUAUGGCUGUCUACAUCUAGUCUAUCCAUGGGAAUCUGUUGGUAUGAUCGUCUUUAUCAAGAAUGCUUUUCCAUUCAUAACAGAACAAAAUCGGCGGUAAAAGUUGUCUUUGAAGUGGACAAAAAAAUUUCAGAUCACCUAAAAGUGCUACCAAAAACAGGAUUUGUUCAAGCUGAAAGUCGACUGUUGGCUCAGGUGAAACUAUUGGCAAAACCUAGCUUGGCUGAUGAUCUAUUUUUGAUUGAUAAUGACUACAAACCACUUAAUACCAAUAAUGAAAACUACAAGGACGAUAACAAAGUUUCCUUAUCAAAGUUAUCCUAUGAUCCGCAAACUGGGGUACUUCAGGUGCCGGUUACAGUUCAUGUUAUCGGACAGACUAACAAAUUAGAACUCAUGAUUGAUGCUGUAAUCACAACAACAGAUCUAUCGCUUUCGCCUAAUCCAAUCAAUUUUGGAUGGGCUGAAAUUCAUGAAACUGUGACUUCACGAUUGUCGAUAACAAACCAUAGCCUUUUACCUCAGAAUUUUGGGAUUGUUGAAAUACCAGAGUUUCUUGACGUUCAACCGAACAAUGGUUUCGGUGUUAUCCUUGGAAAAGAGACAAUUGAACUUGAGGUGUUGUUUAAGCCGAAAAAAGCGAAGGAGUAUAAUUUUAAUCUUGUAUGUAAAUCAGGUAUCGGACGCAUAUUUAUGACAACAUGUCAAGGUAUUGGAGUUUACUCACCGUUAAGUUUGUCUAUCAAUCAGCUUAAAUUUAAUCCAACACCCAUCAAUGAGUCCUCUUUAGCAACUUUAAAAAUUAUUAAUCAUCAUACUUCGUCGAAUCCUUACGCUCAUGUACAGCCAUGCAUUGGAUCCGAUAGAAAACCAGUCCCGGUUGGACCAAAGGCCUUCGAACUUCAAGUCGUCAAAGCUACAACAACUAACCCUUACGGUUUGACAACAGAUAAUGAUUUGGUAAACGACAUGCUAGAAUCAGUUUUGUCAACAUUUAUUGACUUUUAUCCAGCUACUGGAACACUGAAACCAGGAGAAAAUCAACAGAUAAAUAUACGUUUUUCACCAUGCUUAAGUAAGCAGUGUAUUCAACAGGAAGCUAGCCGGUUAUGUGAUCUAAUCAAAGAAAAACGUACAACUGGGAAAUUAGACAAGUUAAACCAGCCUCUACCAAAAGCAGGUCGUAACACUCCUAUCAAAAAGGAAAAAAUGACAGAUAAAAGAAAUCUUAAGCCUUCAGAUGAAAAACCUUCCUUGGAAGCUGAAACGUCUUUCUUGCCAACUGACCCUGAAUCUAUUUCUGAAGGCAGUGAAGAAUAUAUUGAAGGAUUAAAAUCUCUACUGACGUACUAUCCAAAUCACCCACCCACGUUCACUAUUAAUCAAGAUAAACCACAAACAAACAGCAGUAAUAACCAAACUUCAACCACGGAGACUAAACCAUCCCUGAUAAGACUUGCCGAAUGUGAUUGGCCUGGAGUGUUCUUGGCAUAUCGUGUGGCUUGUUUUGUUGCAGAUGGGCCUGGAUCGUAUACAGCAGCUAAAGCAUCUCCCUCAUACAGGAAGGAGAAUACCCUAUUUUUUGAAUUAAUUUGCCCGAUAAUAAGACCACCUUUACUUAUCGAAUCAACCAAAAGUUACAAUCGUCUCGAUUUUGGUGCAAUCUGUGCUGGCCAGCGUAAUACUCGCAUCUUGUCAAUCAAAAAUAUAAGUCCAUUUCACUUAAAACUGAAAUCGAAACCGUUAAACCCAGUUGGAGCUUUUGAAGUUAUUCAAUUAAUAGAAAGUAUCAAAUCAGGCGAAGUAUGUAAUCUUAACUUUGCUUUUGCACCAAACUCAUCACAAAAUUAUUGUACAGAAACAUUUAUUUUGCAAUCAUAUCCAAUGAAAAAUAAAUUGGUAACACUAGCAUCCAAUGAGUAUUAUCCACUGAGUGUGAAGUUUUCAGGCAUUUGCGUGACACCAAGAAUUGAAGUCACUGGUCCACCUGAACUAACAACUAUUCCCUACGACUCACAAAAACCUGAGCAUUGCACUACAGUAAUUAACUCAAGGCAAACACUUCACUACCUUAAUUUUGGCUACGUUCUACUUGGAGAAUUCACUGAACGACUUAUAACUCUUACUAAUAUUACAAAUAUACCUCUGGAGUUUCAGAUAUUGAUAGAUGAAAAUCAGAUAGGAGGAUCAAAAAACCGAAAUGGUCUACCUGUAUUUAUGAUAAUACCUAACCAAGGGAAAAUUAAACCUGGUGACAAGCAAACUGUUUCAAUAACUUUCGCACCUGAUCAUGAUGGCGAAACAUAUCACCAGACUUUUCGAAUAUUGCUCCAUUCACAAAUAAACAACUCGCAUAAACUGAUACUCAAGGGUGCUUGUAAACAACACAACCUGUACAUUCGAGGUGGUGAUCAGCAAGAAAAUGUCAGUGAUUUACUCAAUAUAAAUGUACAAAAUGAUUCUCCUGGGCUACAAUGUUUGUCUGACUUGAAAGAGCCUAAAACAGUAUCCUACUUGACAAUCAAUGGUCAGCAGUCUUCCUUGUCAAGAGAGAAUUCCAACAUAGUUACAGAAACAGAAGCGACCGAAAAGGAUGAUGGAGAUAAUCUUGUAAAUAAAAAAGAAUUAAAAGUUAAAGAAACUCCUACCAGAAGGAUUUUAUACGCUGGUUUCGUACAGUCUUCAAACACCGGUGCUAAGAAAAGCGGUGAAUGCAUAAUCGAGAACCUUAAUGAGUUAUCUGCUAUUGGAUUCACUGUCACCCCAUCAAAGCGUAAUUAGAAGACGAAGUUUAUCUGAGCAAUGUGAUGUAUUUGCGCAAUAUACUUCAAACAAUCUGAUCACACAUUUACUUGUCAAGUCAAUAUAUAUUAAACCGAGGACUGGGAGGGGGGAUAAAUACAACAACUAACACAAUAGGGGAUUAAAAUUAAGAAAGGUGAGGACAAACAGAAAGUGACAUAGUUGGUCCUAAUCUUGGUAAGAAAACAAAGUUUGCCAAGCUUAUUUUAGAAUCCGGGACAGAACAACCGAUUGUAUUCACUUGGACUCCUAAUCCAGAAGUGAAAACUGGGUCAAUUGUGAAGUCAACUGCACUGAUUCAACUUCGAUCUGAUGUAAUUCUCACUCAUCAAGUUAUAUUAAGAGGUAUAUUAUAGAGUUAUGAGUAAUGAAAAUGAUGUUGAUCAGUCAACUAAAUAAAACUGAGUAACAAAUUCAAACCUAAAUGGUAGCUUUUGUAAAGCCUUAGUUGAAUUGUGAACAUUUUGAUAACAAUAAAGAUAUACUUCUCUA